AUGGGUAUCAGUGGUUUUCCCAAAUAUAUCAGCACCAGUUUCUAUUUACCAGAUACUGUGGUGUUGCCAAGCUAUCAGCAUAAAGGGAGUAACACAAGCAUAAAUAAAGAUCAGGAAAUAUUUGGCAUCUUUGGAGGAAUGCAUGCCACGUCAUUUUCUCUUCACCGCACAAGCUAUUGCGUUGUGAGAAUUGACCAUAUCUCCCUCUCCGUCUUUUCACGGAUUAUGGACGUCUCCAUUAGAUGUGGCAACACUGUUAGGUGUGUUCGAGUAAAUCCUGAAGACACAAUUGCAAAUGUUAAGUACAAGGCUGUAAAGCUAUUUGCAUCUAAGAAUGCUCAAGGAGGAUUUGAACCUGGACUUAUGUUUGUCCUUUCCUGUAUCUGGAGCAAAGUGACCCUCUCUAUGGAUCUGGGUGGAAAUUAUAAGAGUAAUCGAGGCUUUGAACUCUCUGUCGUAACUCAGCCUUUUAAGAUCAUUCGCAUCGCAGUGGAUGCGCAUGUAGGCAUUUUAAACCUCAAGCACCAAAUAGCCUGGUCGAGUGAGGUUGAAGUCAGUCGACAGAUCCUGCGAGCGGCGAACGAAGUGAUGCAAGAUGAAAAGACGCUGAGGGACUACGGCAUCGAGGAUCAUUCCGUCAUAUGGAUGGAUGUUCAGCCAGCCAAAAAGUACAGGCUGUUACUGGGUGUAGCCGCUAACUCUGUCUUAAUCAUUGGGUGGUUUCUGGCUUCCAUUUUGUGUCUUAUUUUCUUCAAUUAUAUUUUGCUUCAAGUGAUAGAAUGUAUAUGGAUCUGGUUAUGUGAGUAUAUACUGUCAGCUUAAAGCCAAGAUGCAUGUUACAAUCAUUUGAAAUAAAUCGGUUUCUUAGAAUGAUA